AUGAAUGCAGCACUUUUAAAAGAUGUUGAAACGUUUAAACGAAAAGCAGCGUCCAGUAUAUCUCUGACGACCACGAAUACUAGUGAAAAGAAACCCAGAACUGAACAACAAAAAACAUCUACUGGUACACGACCUAAACAACAACAAAGCCGUCCAAAACCUUCUGAAUCAGGCGAAUCUCGCACAUCAUCAGGAGGUACUGGGAAUCCAGCACAAUUUCGUACACUUCAAAGAAUUGUUGAACAUUUGAAAACACGUCAUCUAACUAACGUAGGAUCACAUCCAUUGACAUUAGAUGAAAUCAUACAAGAAUGCACAGGACUUAUAGUUGAUUCUCAUAUAAAAAAUUGGCUUGCUACUGAAGCACUUGUAGAUAAUCCAAAAAUAGAGGUAAAAAUAGUUGAUAAUCAGACAAAAUUUUGUUAUAAACCGCCAUUAGAGAUAAAGGGAAAGAAAACACUAUUACAAUUAUUACGAAAACAACAUAAAAAGUGUGGAGGUGCAAUUCGAGGUGAAGAUGUUAGAGAAUCAAUUUCAAAUGCAGACAAAAUUAUUAAAGAUCUGAAAGAAUCUGAAGCUAUUAUAGUAUUACCUGGGGAAGAUAAGAAAGAUAUUUUAUUUUUUAAUGAUCGUGAACAUGAUUUGCCAGUUAAUGAAGAGUUUAUUACUGCAUGGCGUGAUAUAUCUGUUGACGGACUUGACGAAGAUAAGAUACGUACAUAUUUAGAACAAGAAGGUUUAACAGCAAUGGAAGGAACGGCAAGAGCCCCAACACAAAAAACAAAACCAGCUCCUCGUCAUCGUGUAUCUAAAAAGCACAAUGUUCAUGUCCAACUUGAAGAUUACAGUGCGGCAGAUGUAAAUAAAUUUACGAAAUGA